AUGCAGUGUGGUGUGAUUCUGUGCCUUGUGUUGCUGAUGUUGUCCUAUAGAGUGAGAAGCCAGAAAAGGAGAAAAAACAGACAAAAGCCUGACAACAGCGGCAUCCAAAAUGAAGUCAAAACUCUCUUUUGCCCGGUGGAGGUGGCUUUAUUGGUGGACAGUUCAGAGAAGGCCUCAAUGCUUAUGUUUCAGAGGCAGAGGGACUUUGUGUUGCGUUUCAGCACCAGACUGAUGCAGCUGCAGGUACCAGGCUGGCGUAUGCGGGUGAGACUCGCCGUCCUCCAGUACAGCAGCACUGUCUCUGUGGAGCACAACUUCAGAGACUGGCAGGACAUAGACGUGUUCCAAAGCAGAGUUGACAGCAUGGCCUACAUCGGCCAUGGCACCUACUCGGCGUAUGCCAUCUCUAAUGCCACACAGCUCUUCACCCGAGAGACGGCCGCCAGCAGCUUAAGAGCCACACUUCUGUUGACAGAUGGUGUGGACCACCCGCGCAGCCCCAGUGCUGUGACUGCAGCUGCAGAUGCCAAGAACCACAACAUUCGUGUGUUUGUAAUCGGGCUGUCGGGAUCCACUCGAGAUGAGCAGGGAAAUGGUAGACUGAGGUCCAUUGCCAGUGCACCACCACAGCAGCACCUGUUUAGCCUUACUGACCGACAGCUGGAUGACAAGCUCUUCAGGGAACUGAGUGAAAUUGCUAACACAGCUUGUCCAAAACCAAACUCAUGUCAGUGUGAGAAAGGAGAGAGAGGCCUUCCAGGAAAUCUAGGUAAACCAGGUGAUCCAGGAUUUGACGGGGCUCCUGGCCCAAAAGGAUCUAGAGGAGAUUCGGGUUUAAAUGGACGUCCAGGAUUGGAGGGUAUAAAGGGAAGACCAGGAACUAAAGGAGAAAAGGGGGGUAAAGGAGAGUGUGGCGCCCCGGGACUGAAAGGAGAUCAAGGCCCAGACGGACCUCCAGGACAACGAGGGCAAAGAGGAGAUCAGGGACCAGGUGGCAGCCCUGGUGACUCUGGUCCUGAGGGACCUGUCGGACCUAAAGGUGAACGAGGACCUAGUGGACCUACUGGACCUGCGGGGGAUCCAGGGGUUGGGUUUCCUGGUGCGAAGGGCGAGAAAGGCAGCCAGGGCAGACCUGGACCCCUUGGACCUGUUGGCUAUGGAGAACCAGGAUUACCUGGCCCAACAGGACCUCAAGGAGUUCAAGGCAACCAAGGGUUUCCAGGGGAGGGGUUACCAGGGUCAAAGGGUUACAGAGGCUUUGAGGGUCCUAAGGGUGUAUAUGGCCCUCCAGGGUUAGGCAUCAAGGGUGAGAAGGGUAACAUAGGGGAACUUGGCUUGCCGGGACUGAUGGGGUUCCCUGGAGUUGGGAUCCAGGGAGAAAAGGGAGAUCAGGGGCCCAUAGGACCAUCUGGUCCAAGAGGUCCUUCUGGAGUGGGCAUGGUUGGCCCUAAGGGAGAUCAGGGCUUUCCAGGAGACCCUGGACAGCCAGGUGAGAGAGGAAUUGGAGAACCAGGACCAAAGGGGGAGCCUGGAUCAGACGGCGCACCUGGUAUUCCUGGCAUUCCAGGAGAAGAAGGACCUGUAGGUCCAAAGGGUGAGAUGGGUUUGUCAGGUUUACGAGGUCCAGAGGGUGCACCAGGGAAAGGAAUUCCUGGUGAGAAGGGGGACAGAGGCGAACGAGGACCUCGUGGUCUCCUGGGAAGCUCUGGUGCAGUGGGUCCACCAGGGGCCAAGGGAGAGCCAGGAAAUUUAGGUAUGAUGGGGUUUCCUGGACCUCCGGGCCGAGGAUUACCUGGUUCAAAGGGUGAGCCAGGACCUACAGGUCCCCCGGGUCCUGUUGGAGAGCCAGGGGUCGGGAGUGCAGGGCCAAAGGGUGACAGAGGAAAUCCGGGGCCAAUGGGGCCACAGGGAUUGAAGGGCAAGGGUUAUCCUGGGCCACAGGGACUUCAAGGGUUAUCUGGGUCACCGGGUGAAGUUGGACCUGAAGGACAAGGAGUUCCUGGAUCAAAGGGUGACAGGGGCUCACCAGGAGUUCCUGGCUCUUCAGGGCCUCCAGGAAUUGGACAGCUGGGACCAAAGGGUGCAGUUGGCCAACCUGGUGUCCCUGGUGUUCCAGGCCUUCCAGGAGAAGGUAUCCAGGGUCCCAAGGGAGAGCCUGGGUUUCAAGGGGGUCCUGGCCCUAGAGGGCUUCCAGGUGAAGGCCUACCAGGAGAGAAGGGUAACCGAGGUCCAUUGGGUGAGCGUGGAAGAAAAGGAGAUAGAGGAGAAUAUGGAGGACCUGGAGAAACAGGACCCAAGGGAAAACCUGGUGAGAAGGGCGAGCGCGGUCUAUCGAGAGAAGAGGUGAUCCGAAUAAUCCAGGAAAUGUGUGGAUGUGGUUCUACAUGCCGUACGAGUCCUCUGGAGCUGAUCUUCAUUGUUGACAGCUCAGAAAGUGUUGGUCCCGAGAACUUUGAGGUGGUGAAGGAUUUUGUAAAUGCUCUAAUAGAUCGUGUGUCUGUGAGUCGUGAGGCCACGCGUGUAGGAGUGAUGCUUUACAGUCACGUGGAAGUGGUGGUGGCCAGCCUACAACAGCUAUCCGACCAGGCUGACAUCAAAGCUUCUGUACGCAGGAUGCCGUACCUGGGUGAGGGUACCUUCACAGGUAGCGCUAUCCGCCGAGCCACUCAACUGUUCCAAGCAGCCCGGCCGGGUGUGAGGAAGGUCGCAGUAGUUUUGACAGAUGGACAAGCUGACAAACGGGAUGCAGUGAGUCUGGAGGAGGCUGCGGAGGAAGCUCAUGAUGCUGGGAUUGAAAUCUUUGUGAUUGGCAUCGUCAACAGCAGUGACUCACAGUACACAGAGUUUAAGAAUGAGAUGAACAUUUUAGCCUCUGAUCCUGAUGCCGAUUAUGUCUACAUGAUCAAUGACUUCUUGACACUUCCUACAUUGGAGAGUAAAUUACUAAGUCAGAUCUUCGAGCGUGAUGAAACGCCAUUCAGCCCAGAUGGAAAUCCCUUUCCAGCUUUGAUGCCUGGUUCAAUUCCAGACAGAACUGGAAGUCCCACCAAUAAUUAUUUCAUAACAGAAGGAAAAGAGGUUGAACAUCUGACAGAGUUUGAGACCCCUUCUACCCCUCAACUGGAUGACUAUAAAGACAACUUUGACCCAAAUAGGGAAGUCUUUUUUGAUGGGUCUGUCAAUGAACUCCCUAUGGUAACAGCUGCCCCAUCUGGAGACAGGAAGAGUCCCCAGUCUUCAAUCUUUGUAGUGGGAACCCAAACAACCGCAAACUGGCGUUAUGCUCCAGAAAUCAUCCCACCUCCAAAAACACUACCUCCACCUCCCCCACAGCCCGAUGUAACUGUUAGAGAUGUUGGCUGCAGGCAGAGACUGGACCCUGGACCAUGUAGGGAUUAUAGUGUGAUGUGGUAUUAUGACCCGGAGGCCAACGCGUGUGCACAGUUCUGGUAUGGUGGUUGCCAAGGCAAUAGCAACCGCUUUGAGACGGAGGACAUAUGCAUAAAAACUUGUGUGCAGACAUAACAUACCCUCAAAAUGCUUCUUUGAUAAAUACCUUCUUUAUCAAGCUGUUUCAACUUUGCAAUAAUGCACUAUACGGAUACAUUUUCAUUUUAGUGCAUUGCUCGUGUACUCUUAUGAGAACAAUGACGAAUCCCACACUGAC